AUGAAUGCUGAAAUAAAACUUCUCGACCAAACACUAAGCCUCAUACACAUUCCCCUGGGCCUCUACUCACAAUUCCUUCAGCCCAUCCUCCGUCUACUUCUGCCCUCUCCAUGCACCAAGCUCGAGGACGAGCUCGGGGACCUGACGCUGGUUCAGGACCAUGGCUUCCUCAACAUCAGCGUGACGCCUAUCGAGUGCUCAAUAGCUUGUAACGAGACCUGGUCUAGAACGGUUUUCGAGCCCAUCAUCAAGCAAUUACCCAAGAACUCGGCCAAAACCGUGUCAAUAUCCGCCGAGUCCUACUGCGUGUUGCGAGUGUCUUCUCCGGGGGCGGACGCCGGCAGUCGAGUCGUCGAUUUGACCUCGCCCCUGGCGCUUGCCGGAAUAUCCAUCUUCUUCAUAACGACCUACUACUCGGACUUCCUAAUAGUCCCCAGCAGGUCGCGACAGAAUGUUGUGCAGGCCUUGUUUGAGCAGGGCUUCGAGUGCUCAGAGGACAGCAGUUCGUCCUUCGUUUCGCCUGUUGCACCGUCACAUACUCGGGGUCUAAGCCAGGAAAGUGACAACCCGCCGUCCACACCUCCACCCUCUAAUGCUGCGGAGCUGCAGAUGCGGACUUUCAAACUGUUGAAGAAGCACAACGUCGUCGCUCAUACAGAGCCCGACCUGCGCCUAAUUCACUGCUCCGGGAAGGAUGUUUCCCAGCUCGAAAGCUAUUCCAGGCCUUCAAGAUCAUACGCGGGAAACGGAAACCACCGCAAGAGCUCGUGGGUGGACAAGGUUGACACCAAGUUCUACACCAGUCUGGUCGCGGCAUUGGUGAGCCAGCCUCGCUUCUUGUCCGUGACCCUGGCAGAGGAGGAUGAGCCGUCCCUCCUUAUCGACCGGUGCUUGCUGGAGACCUUCGGCGAUUCGUUGAUAGGGCCGACUGACGCCGACCUGACACCAAUUCUGCUGGACCUGGUCGACCUGCCCUUUGAGGCGACCGGGAUCGUGGCCGGCGUGGCAGGGAAACUUGUCGAAGGGAUGCGCAUGGAAAAUGCAGAGCUUUCAUAUCUGUCCACGGCUAAAACCGGCGCCGUGAUGCUAUCUAGCAAGUAUGCAGACCGUGCUUUGGAGAUUUUGAGCCCGUUAUUGCCGCAGGAUGCAUGA